AUGCAAAAUUUGGCGGAGGAAGGGCAAAAUUUGACGAUCGAUUUGGACGCAUUAAGGAAGGAAAUGGAGAGUGAAAAACAACGGCAGAUUGCCACAGAAGAAGAAAGAAUUAUGACGUUGAAUAAAAGACAGAUUGAGGAAAAGAGAUUGGAGACCAAACUGGCCACUGUGGAGACCGAGCGACAAGAAGCCGCUGCCACUAUCGCACAACUAACCUCAGAAAAAGACGACACUUCAAAAGAAUUCGAUGCCCUGGCGUCCCAACUGGAGAACCUUACCAUUGAGUUAGACCAAACCAAACAAUCCCUCAUCGACAAUGGUACUGAUUCAGACUCGAAGAUCAAAACCCUCGAAGACAAACUCCAAGAAACGCUAGUGGAGAAUGCGGCACUUAGCAAGCAGAGCCAAUUCCUCAGACCCACGACGCCUGCGAACAAGACAAUCUCUUACAGUAGAUCGGCUUCGGUGGGAAGUUUGAGUCAGAGAUCGGGUGCCGAGGAUUACUUUGGCCGUUCGGAAUCUGACGUCUCCGAUAUGGGCAAAGUGAUUUUUGCGAACGAGUCUCUGUUUGUGCAGAAGAUCAAAGAGCAGGUUGAUAGCUUGGAGCAAGCUAGAGACAAACUCAAUGAUGUGUACACGCAAAGAUACGACGCCAUGGUCGACGAAACAGCCCGUCGUGAGGAACAACUCGAAUCUCAGCAUGCCUCUGAACUCGAAGCUGCUCGCAACAAAUUGAGAGCAAGCCACUCACAACCUCUUGACACUGGCAUACAGCCAUCGACAUCCACGUUCUUCGCCAGCAACGAAUUCCAAGCACAAGAUAACCGCUUAGUCCUCGAGCACGCAGAGCGUCUCGCGAACAGAAAAUCUCAGGUUCAACACCACUAUCGACUUCAAUUCACAGCUCUGAGUGAGGAUUACGACAAGAAGAUCACCGAGUUGCUAGGCGAAAAGGAAAUGCUAGACUCUGAUCUGAGCAUCGGGCCCGAAAAGUUUGAAGAGAUGAGCGAGCAGAUUGAUCGUUUGCACAGCGCUACCAACAGCCCAGCUUCGAUACGCCACAGACCUUUGCGUUCGCAAACUUCCAUCGAUCAUCUGUUGCAAGGGAGCAGUGGUAGUGGUGGCGGCAGUCAACGCCUCUACCGCAACACCGAGACCUAUCGUCCUAACACCCGCGGCGAAUCUCCAGGAGGAAUGACCUCAAGACCCCAGUCUUCGACGUCGGCACAUGGCUCUCUCCGCCGCAAAACUAGCCACGGGCGCUUUUCCUCCUUUAUUGGACGUGUCUCUUCACCCUUUUCUUCCUCUCGCUCCUCGCGCUCUUCAGUCUCUGGCGCUGCAAACUCACGUCCCAACACUACUGGCCACACAGGUCACCGCGUAGUCUCCACACCCCCGCCCUCUUCUCGCCCAGAAUACUUUACCCACUCCAUCAGCGAAGGCUCCAGUACUCUGGGCAGAGCUCAGGUGAGACCUAUGACUGCAGAGGCACGCGAACACGCAGAUAUGGAUUUUUCAAUCGGACCGGAGAGGUUUGAAGCGUUGCAGCAAGGCAACCUGACACAGAAUGAAGAGACGGCGGUGGGGAGGAGAGGUAGUGCUGCCAAAGGAGAGAGCGAGCAGCACAAGAGUCCGAAGAUGCUGAGACAUAUUUCUGGAUCCAUUAGGAGGAAGAUGAAGUCGUAG